AUGGUAUUGGAAGAAGACAAUCUACAGGAUGGUUAUAUAUUCGGUCAGUUUACUGCGUCAGCCAGUAUGCCGACGGGAGUAUACCCCACUUUGAACUCUGUAAGUAUAAAUCAGCUUACUAGCAUUCUAAGGAAACUAUCCUUUCCUAGAUUGUGUUGGCGCUCUGGAUUUUCGCGCCUCAACCUUCGACCAUGGAGUCUACUUUACAAAGUCCGAUUCCAACUAGAACCGCAAGAGAGAUGCAUCGGCGAUAAAACGUAUGACUGA